GAAUAAAUUAUGUCCACCAAGGUUUUGCUCGUUGGAGCAGCGGGUGAAACCGGAGGUUCCAUCGCCAACGGACUGUUGGAUACCGGUAACUUCGAGGUCAUCGCUCUUGUUCGCCCAAUCUCUGCCCAAAAGCCAGCUAUCACGCGCCUCCAGGAUCGAGGAUGCCAGAUUCGGAAAUGCGACUUGAAGGCCCCAGAGGAGCAGCUCAUCGAGGCGUUGGCUGGUAUUGAUGUGGUUAUCAGCUGCGUCGGUCCUGCCGAACAGCAGGACCAGAUCCCCCUCGCCAAGGCAGCGAAAAAGACCGGUGUGAAGCGAUUCGUUCCAUGUGGUUUCAUCACCGUUUGCCCACCGGGCGGUAUCAUGUGGUUGCGUGAUGAGAAAGAAAUCGUCUACAACCAGAUCCGCCAGCUGUGGCUUCCCUACACCGUCGUUGAUGUCGGCUGGUGGUACCAGCUCGCCUACCCCCGCCUCCCCUCUGGUCGUGUCGACUACGCCAUGACAUCCGGGAAUGAUGAAAUUAUUGGCGAUGGCAACAUGCCCACAGCACUCACCGACUUACGAGACAUCGGUCGCUACAUGGCUAUGAUCAUUUCCGACCCCCGCACUUUGAACAAGAAGAUCCUCGCCUACAACCUGGUCUCCUCGCAAAACAAGAUCUACGAGCUCAUGGAGGAACUCAGUGAGGAGAAGAUUGAUCGAAACUACGUUCCCGAAGAAACCAUCUGCAGCAGAGUUGUGGCGGCCCGACAAGCCAGUGAAACCUAUCCCUUCGACCCGAUCAAGUUCAUUCCACGGUAUCUGGCCGAAUAUCAACUGUCUUGGGGAAUUCGCGGCGACAACAACCCCGAGUACGCCAAGUAUCUUGGCUACCACACCACACAGGACCUGUACCCCGAAUUCCAACCCACGGAUUUCCGCGAAUAUCUCGAGUCGGUCAUUCGUGGCUCGGCCAAGGGUAUUUACACCGAUCGUGUGAUCUCAAGGAAGCACCAACGACACUUCCCGCGUACCGAGUCCAGCGAUUCCCUCUACACCCGCAUAUUCCCCCGGACGGAAUCCAGCGACUCGCUCAUGUCGCGAUGA